GUCAUUUGUUAUCAUUGUAGGAGAAGGCUGAUAAAAAUGCUGCAAAUAGAGAAAAGCUAAAGAUCCUUCAUACAUUAGGCUCUAAGACGCUUGCAAGGAAGAGGGAUGAGUUGGAACUGAGAGAUGGUCGAAAAUACAGUAGGGGUGAAAUGUAUUCAAUUUGUCAUAAAAAGUCUGAUGGGUCAUUUGUCAACGACGAAGCCAAGGAAAAAUAUGAACAAUUGCAAGCUGAAAUUGGGAAGACUCCUUCUCCAAAUGAAGCAUUUGUUAAUGUGUUUGGAAAAGAACAUCCUGGAUAUGUUCGUUGUAUGGGACUUGGAAUAACACCAUCACAAAUUACUACAUCUACUUCUCACUCUGUAAGAUCGAUGUCUUCCUCUGAAGCUAAUGAAAAGAUGGAGAAAAUGCAAGCUGAAAUUGAUAGGCUUAAGAAAAGGGAUUCUGAAGUUGAUAUGUUGAAGGAGCAAAUUGCUUUCUUGAUGCAAAUGCAAAAUUCUAGAGACAAACAGGCAAUGGACAUAGAAUCGCCAAUAGAUGGUAGACGUUCAUCUGAGUCCAGCCACCAACCUGAUGAUCGUGGAACAACUUCAUUAGGGACUAAUUAGAUAUUUGGAUGAACUUCUAAGUUUGAUGGAGUUGUUUUGUAUUGUUAGCUACUCC